AUGGUCAUCGGACUCCUGGUCCUAACCGCGAUCCCUACCGUGACUGGCGUCGCGCAGGCGAUUUCCGGCCAGAAGACACAAAAAGAGCGGGAGAAAGACGCAAACCGGAUGAAGAAGUUUCAUAUCGAUGUCUGUUGCGAGGCUCAGAGUUCCCGUACGACUGAACUUCACGACAAAAGGCUGGUGCUACGGGAUGAUCGAGUAUGGAUAGGACCGACUGAGGCAUUGAAUCCGUGCAAGGAAGGCUAUGUUGCGGAAUCAUUCUUCAUCGAAUACCCGGAUAACGAAAGAGUGCCAGUUGAGAUUGGUCUUGUUACUCAAGUCCAAGAUGAUCCUCCGCUAUUAAACUGGAUUUAUGUAGACAAGGACACGAUGGAAUUGAAAUAUGGGAACAAAACUGCAAGCGUAGCCCAUCAUGUUGGGCCUUGGGACUGGACGGAGGACGAGGAGGGCAUCGUAUUCGAUGGGCAUGAGCGAUUCACGGCUGUCGAAGACCCAAAGACGCAUAAGUGGCAGAUAUAUUAUGACUUGGACGACGACGGACUGAGUAAACAUGUGCCGAACAGGACGAAGAUAUCGGUGAGUCUGGAGAGGACUCUAAUACCUGGAGCCUAG